AUGUUAAAUUCGCAAACGUAAUCAUAAUCAGCAAUGUCAAUCUUGGGAUAUGUGCCUGCAUUGAUAGUUUAACAUUUGUUGAAUCUGAAGAUGAACAAACUGCCAAGAAGUUUACCAGAGAAAUAAAAUAUUAAGAGUGUAGUGAUGUUUGCAGACAUUUCAGGAUUCACUAAAUUAACAGAGAAAUUGAGUCAAUUGGGAACAGAGGGGGCUGAGAGAAUUGCAUUUGCAAUAAAUAGAUAUAUGGAAUUGUUAGUUCAGGGAAUAGGAAGAAGCGGAGGAGAUAUUUUCAAAUUUGCAGGGGAUGCAAUGAUAGUGAUUUGGCCUCCACCUCCAGAGGGGAAUAAUUUUGUUCAAUAGAUAGAGACAUUGCUUAAAUAGGCAAUCCAAUCGGCUCUGCUAAUUUAGGAGAAGCUAACCAAGACCACCAUAGAGCAAGGCAUCCAAUUGAGUGUGAAAAUAGGUUUUGGAGUAGGUGAGAUGAGUAUAAUCCAUGUGGGUGGUGUCUUUAAUAGGAUUGAAUAUUUAGCAACUGGUGAUCCUUUGUUGUAAGCCUUUGCAUCUGAGCAUUGUCUUACAGAGGGUGGCAAAAUAAUAAUCUCAUAAUAAGUGUAUAAUUUGGUGAAUAACUUUUUCGAGUGCAAAGAAGUGGAACAUCAUGAAAAUCAUUUUGAAGUUAUUCAGAUAAAAAGCACCUAGGCUAAGGUUAAAAUGAAAGCAGAUGCAUUACUAAUAAAGAAUAACAUUACAAUAGCCAAGUUCUAAGCAAUUAGGAAUGAGAUCUAAUCAUACAUUCCAGCAGCAUUAUUGCCAUAUAUAGAAAUUAAUGAGGAACCAUGGAGUGCAGAAUUGAGAAGACUUUCAGUGAUGUUUGUGAAUUUGGGAAUCGAUUUGAAUGAUGCUAAAUCAGACAAAGGAUUGCAAUAGAUAUAGAGAGUGAUAAUGACAGUCUAGAAAUGUAUUUACAUGCAUGAAGGAUCAUUGAAUAAAUUGUUAAUGGACGAUAAGGGCUCCACAUUGAUAAUUGUAUUUGGAUUGCCUCCAUUAUCACAUCAGAAUGAUGCAGUGAGAGCAAUUUUGACUGCUUAAUUGAUGAGAGUAGAAUUACCAAAAAUAAAUUGUGGGUGUGCAAUAGGCAUAGUAACUGGUACUGUAUUUGCUGGAGUUGUUGGGACAAGUGGAUCAAGACGAGAAUAUUCUGUUCUGGGAGACUCAGUCAAUUUGGCAGCACGAUUAAUGUAAGCAGCAUGUGAAGAAAAAGAAAAUAAAAUAUUAGUUUGUUCGGAAACAGCCAAGAGUGCUGAGCAGAAUCUUAGUUUUUAAUUUUUGAGAUCUCAAAUUGUCAAAGGCAAAAAUUAACCUGUUGAAAUUUAUGUCCCAUUAAUUAAUUCUUAACCAAGUUCCACUGGCAAUUUCUUCCCCACUUUGAGAACUAAUAAUUAUGCUUUUGGUUUUAAGAGGAAGACAGAGUUUGCUAAUCAAUAGAUUUUCGGUAGAGAGGAACCUUAUAAGAAAAUACUAAAUUAAGUUGAUAAAAUUAUGAGAGGAAGUGACAAAAAAGGAUUAUUUAUUAUUAAGGGUUCUUUUGGAGUUGGUAAAUCUAUGUUAGUUAAGAAAGUACUUCAUAGAGUUUAGGAGAAAUUGAAUAGUAAUUAAUAUAAUCCUUGGAAAUACGGAGAGAUGCCACAGAUUCUUACUUCGUAAUUGAAUCCUGUAACUAGGGCAUAUAAAUUGAAUGGACUGCGCUAGAUUUUGAAAUAAAUUUUUAUUCUUUAUUCCAAAAGAUUGGAACGCGAACCAGAUUUAUCCUUAUUCCAAUUGAUGGUAGAUGAAUAAUUGUACUCUCAAAAUACAAUCAAUCUCAUGAAAGAGAUAUUAGAUUUGAAAUGUAUUUCUAGAGUUGAGAAUUUCCCUCCUAAAGGAAAUGAUGAUGAGAAUCAACAAGAAUUAAAGAAAAUUACUCUAUAAUUCCUUAGUAACUUUUUUGAAUAAGUGCCUGAAAAAUAUUAAAAUCUUUACGUUGGUAGAUCUCCUGAAGAAUUAGGAUGGGAUAUUAAGCAAUCCAAUAUCAGAUAAGUCAUCAAAUAUUCAAUUAAAUACAGUAAUAUCAUAUGUCCUGUAAUUCUUUGUUUGGAUGACAUGCAAAAUUAUGAUAAUCUCACCUUCAAAAUCAUUAGUUUGAUGAUCAAAGCAUAUGAUCGAAUCUAAGUGUUGGGAUUGUACCGUGAUAACUUUCAUGAAAUGACACUACAAGUGAAAACAGCUGAGAAAAAGAAGUCAUAAGAAGAAAUAGCCAUGGAUGGGAUAAGCAGAUUGGAAGAUGCCAUUGAAUAGAAUUUCUACAGUAUUAUUCAGUUGAAGGGAAUUGAGAGAAAGGGAAAAGACGACGAAUUCGCUAAAAUGAUUAGAUAUUCAUUCAAUAUAUCUAAGUUGGAUAUUGAGAAUUUGAAGCCUACUUAGGAAGAAAUAAGAAAGAGAGAACCAUCAGUAACAAAUGAUGUGUGUGUACAAGAGACAUUAAAUAAGGAGAUGAAUCAUUAAUUCUUAUUCUUUUAAAAUAAGUAAUAGUUAAUAGGACAAGAUAUUGAAUUACUCCUACUAUCAUAUAUUUAUUUAAAAACUUCUGGUGUUCCUCUGAUGGUAUUAAACUUUGUGUAAAACCUGAUCGAUCAAGGAUACAUUAAGAUGGGAAAUAAAAGUGCAACAAUAACAAAGGAAUUAAUUAAUUUAAUCAAUUACGAGGAGAGUAUUAUCAUUGAUGCUCCAUGUGAUCGCAUAGCCGUCAAUGGUCCAAUCAUAGACAAGUUGCCUUGUUUGGAGCAAUUGAUCUUAAAAGUGGCAAGUAUAAUUGGCGAUAUUUUUGAUAUUCAAAUGUUGAGUAGAAUAAAUCCAUUUAAGGCAGCAGUUAAUAAUCGAUUGCAAAAAAUGAUGGAUGAAUUAGAACAGAAAGAUUUUAUUGAGACUAUGGAAGUUUAGGAAUAAAACAUCUAUUAUAGAUUUACAUGUCCAUUUAUGAGGGAUUGUUUAUAUCAAAGAAUCACCUUUAAAUAGCGUAGACAAUUACACAAAGCAGCUGCAGAGGCUAUUUAAUUAUUACCUUUAGCAUUCGAAAUAGAUGAAAGAAUAGAGAGCAAGAAGUUGCAAUUUCAUUGGGUGAUGGCUGAACAAAAUAAUCAAGUAGUUUAGCAAUCUACCCAAAAUUUCAAGGCCAGAUAAUCCAGUGGUUCAGUUAGGAACUUGGUUUUGAGAGCUACUUUCGGGAUAGGGAUGUAAAAGCAAAAGUAAGAGGACAAUAGCAAUAAUCAAGUAGCUUAGGUCAAUUAAUAUAAAUUUGAAAAUCUAUCCUCAAAGGCUAUGAGAUCAAUUAUAUUAAAAUAGAUCUCAAAUAAGUUAACCAAGAAUAAUAACAACAUAAAUACCAUUUUGAAGGAGGGCAUAUUGGAGAAGAAAUCGAAAUAGAAUGUAUCGUGGGCUCCUCGAUAUUGGGUGUUGGAUGGAAAGGAGAUGAGGUGUUAUUAUACUAAGUAAGAUAUGUUAAAAAAGGAAUUGCCUCUUUGCACAAUUCCACUGAAGGGAAUAUAUUCAGUGAUUCCAUUGGAUGUCAGGGAGCAGGGAGAUAACAACUUCCCAUUAUCUAUAAGUUCCACUUUGUGGUAUAAGAAAAACAAGGAGAUGGGAGAGAGGAGAUUUCUAUUGAAUAGUAAGAAUGUGGAGGAUUUGGAAAUGUGGAUAAUCUAUCUGGAAUUUGCUAAGGCCAAAGCAAUUUAUGAUGAUUUCACAAAUAACUAUGGCAAGAUCAGUUUUCCUUUAGGCAACAAUAAUGAUUAUUAUGAUCCUGAGUUCAAAUACGAUGUGAAUAUCGAAAAGUAGAAAUUGUCUUUGGGUCUGCAAUAUGAUAAGAGUUAAUAAGCUAAAAUGAGCAAGAACUCUGUACUCUCAAGGAAUUCAAGAGCCUCUCGGAUGACAAUAGCAACUAAGCAAUUUAAAUUUAUGGAGAAAGCAUCCUAAGAAGAUAAUAUACUUCAAACUUCUCAAAUUAUUGAUAGUUAAUUGUUGAAAGACAGGAUCAAUUGUUUUUUGUAGAAAAGUAUGCUUCUAUUGUUUUCUCAUUUAUUUGAUAUGUCAUUGCAGAAGCAGGAUGAUUACAACCUGCUCGGCCAACCCAAUAUGGUAAUGAAGAAGAUGACCAACAUUUUCAAGAUAGAUAAAUAGUUGACAACUGAGAAUAAAAAAUAAUCCAAUGCAUUCAUCAACAAUUAAUCAUAGUCUUAAUCAAUAUCGAUAACUAAUUCAAAUGAUAACAAUCCUAAUGUGAUAUAAUAGUCAUAGCAGUUGCAAUAACGGAAAGCCAUAACAUUGGAUGGCAAUCCCUUGGUGGCUAAGAAGAUUGACACUAGUAUAGAUGAGGAUUCAGUGUGCAGCAGUAAUGAAGGUGGAGAAGGACUCUUGUAGACAAAGACUUUAUAAUAGAUAAUGGAAGAGGAAUAUGAUAAUGAAAUGAGUGAGAGUACAAAUCAACAACAAUAAUAAUUGAAACAAUAGAGAAAUUAAAAAUAUUUCGAAGAAAUGCGAAUGAAAUAAAGUUCAAAAUUUUAGUAGGAAGAUAGAAAGCGAUCUGAUAGUCAGGAAAGUUUCGAAUAAAAUAUUGCCAUUUCAAGAAGACAUACAGAGAGAUAGGAUUAGUUGGCUAAGUAAAUGAAUUAUUUUAAACUACCAAACUAAUAAUAAGAGGUUAGAAACAUCACCGAAUUUAAAUUAGAUAUGGCUGUCUAAGUUGAUUUACAAAAAGUGAAUAAUUCAAUUAGUAAAUCCAUAAGUAAAUCAUCCAUUGAUCCAAAGUCUGAACUCUCGUAUCAACAAAAUGACAACCAAGAAUUCUUAAAAUUAUUUGAAAAUAGCACCAAUCAAGGAUAAUCAUAAUAGAACAAUCAAUUCAGUAACAAAAUUCUAGAUGACAACAAGAGAGACACCAUUUAAACGCACAUUUCAUCUUCCAAUUUCUUAUCUACUCAAUAUCCAUUUUUACAUCACCAAUCGACACUACUCUCCUCUAAUACUAAUUAAAAAUAAAGAUAGCCUCAAUAGUAUGCAAGUAGAUAAAGUCAAAUAUCUCAAAAAACUAUUGCCAAUUCAAUCUCAUCAUAAUAACAUCAAUAUGGAACUGCUUUAAAUACUUGUAAAUCUUUAAGUGGAGAUAUCUUCACCCUAAGACCAGGCUAUAGAGUAGUUGUCACAAGGAUAGAUCAAUAGAAGAAGUUGAUUUAUUGUAAUUAUUAGAAUAUGCCAGGAUUAUUUUAUUUGAGAGAUAUAGCUGUCAUUGAAGAUAAUCAAGAGGAAUCGUAGAUUAAAAUGAAAUCCAGAACACCCACUAUGUUUGAAGUCAAAUACAAAGAAUUAUUGAAUGAUAGAUUCAACACAAGAAGCAAAUCUCCAAAUUAUCGUUCUGCUUAAUGUAAAACUCCUCCCAAGAAACCAUUUAUGAGAUUUUGA